AUGUAUCGGCAAGAGAUGUCUCCAGAAUUUUUUAAUUCAGAAAAUGUAUCUGUUUCUAAUUUAAUUGAUUUUUCGACGCCGCAGUUUAAUAAUGAAUUUAAGAGAUUGUUUCAUGUAAAUACGGAAAAUGAAAAAGCUAUUAAAAAACAAGCAGCUUGUCGCCGCUCAUUAUUCCCAGAAAAACGGCCUUUUACAAAUUUGACAAAUGUUUACAACAAUACAAAUCCGUUGAGCGAAAUAAUGGAAGAGUUUAAAAAGAAUGGUAUAGAUUAUGAAUAUUGUCCACAAGAAGAAGAUGAAGCUAUAAAUAUGCAUUAUAGAACAAAGAAUGAAACAACACCAGAAAUUGCAUCAAGUAUAUUUAAUCGUAGUAAACCACGAAGACGCCCAAAACCAGUGAAGAUCUCAUCAAAAUAUUGUGUAUUUUGUAAAAAUAACGAACGACCACCAGAAAUUUAUUUAGCGCACGCAUUUCGUGAUAAAAACGAUGUUCUUAUUUGUCCAUAUUUACGACAAUAUGUAUGUCCAUUAUGUAAUGCAUCUGGUGAUAAUGCACACACAAUUAAAUAUUGUCCAAAAAGUGGAACUUCAUGGAGUCGAAAUCAUAGCUGUUCAGAAAGCUCUAUGUAA